AAAGCGAAAACGAAAGCUUUGAUCCUAUGCGCAGUACACACCAGUACAGGUCUCUUCUUCGACUGUGAACGUUGUCUUUUUAUAAGGCGAAGCAUAGAAACAACAAAAAUAAUUUUUUUCGUUGAGGUAUACGACAUCAUCAUUGUACAUUCGUGGAUUUAGUGCUUACGAUUAGAUAUUAAGGUGUUUAUAAAAUGUACAAAACAUUCCUUCAAUCCAGGGUACUGACUAGAAACGCCUUCCAAACAAGCCGAUCCUUCUCCAGCGCUUUUGCGGUAAGGGAAUACGAUGGACCGACUAUUAAAACCGAAAUUCCUGGACCAAAAUCAAGGGAACUUCUUAAUCAACUGAACAAGUUGCAGAAUGCCGGCUCUGUACAAUUAUUCGCCGAUUACGAUAAGUCCUUUGGAAACUAUUUAGUCGAUGUUGAUGGAAAUGUUCUUCUGGAUAUUUACACUCAAAUAUCGUCCAUUCCACUUGGCUAUAAUCAUCCGGAACUUCUUGAAGUGUUCGAGUCGAAACAUAACUUGAGGACAUUGAUAAAUCGACCAGCCCUUGGCGUUUUUCCCGGCAGCGAUUGGCCGAAUCGAUUACAAUCAAUUCUAAUGUCUGUCGCACCACAAGGAUUGGAUAGCGUUACAACGAUGAUGUGUGGUUCGUGCUCGAACGAAAAUGCAUUUAAGAAUAUCUUCAUCUGGUAUCGCAAGAAUCAACGCGGAGAAAAUGUACAAUUCACCGAAGAAGAGAUUUCUUCUUGCAUGAUAAAUCAAUCGCCAGGAUCACCUGCUCUUAGCAUUUUAUCGUUCAAGGGAGCCUUCCAUGGCCGCACUCUCGGAACAUUAUCGACAACGCACUCAAAAUACAUCCACAAAAUCGAUAUUCCUUCAUUCGACUGGCCGAUAGCCGAUUUUCCUAAGUACAAGUACCCACUGGAAGAUAAUGUCCGAGAAAAUGCAGCUGAAGAUCAGCGCUGCUUGGCACAAGUUGAAGAACUCAUCGCACAAUACAAUAAACGGAAAAAUUACGUUGCUGGCAUCAUCGUCGAGCCGAUUCAGAGCGAAGGUGGUGAUAAUGAGGCGUCACCGGAAUUCUUCCAACAACUCGAAAAAAUUGCUCGCCGUAACGGUACUGCACUGUUAAUAGAUGAAGUUCAAACCGGUGGCGGUCCCACCGGUAAAAUGUGGUGCCACGAACAUUUUAACAUCACUCCGGACGUGGUUACAUUCAGCAAGAAGAUGCAGCUGGGCGGUUACUAUCACACGAAAGAUCUGAAGCCACCGCAACCGUACAGAGUUUUUAACACUUGGAUGGGAGAUCCGGGAAAAUUACUAAUUUUGGAACAAAUUCUGAAAGUAAUUCAGCGCGACAAUCUAUUGGCGAAUGUCAAUAAGGUUGGGAAGAAAUUGAGAAGCGGAUUGCUUGAAGCUCAAAAAGAUUUUCCUCAUUUGCUCAAUUCCACCCGAGGUCGGGGAACAUUCUUGGCAAUCAAUUGCGCCACCGCAAACUUGAGGGAUGAUUUAGUUGGUCGAUUAAGGGCCAAUGGUGUUCAAUCCGGUGGAUGUGGAGACCAAGCCAUUCGAUUCAGGCCAGCCCUGACUUUCGAGGAACGACAUGUCGACAUAUUCUUGGAUAAAUUCCGUCAAGUUCUCAAAGAUACUAAGUAAAAUGCGACUCCAGUUAUCUAAUAAAAAUGGAAUUGUUAGCUAAGUGUCAAAGAUCAAAUUUUAGUUAAAAAAAAUUAUUUUCUGUGCACAUCAAAGUUUAAUAAUAAAUUGAGCAACGCAAGUCUUCCAUGUAAUGCGAUAAUAAUUAGUUUCUUAGGCAAUCAAUAAAACUGUAGCAAUGAAAUGUUAAUUAUUAAUUGGCAGAAAUAUUAUGUUUGAAAAUA